AUGGUACGCCCCGCCUCCUCCCUCCUCCCUCCUCUACCACCCACCCACCAGCUAGCUUACCACCUUUUGUCAACACACCAGCAACCCCCCGACCCCCAAACCAUCCCUCUCCCCAUCGCCAUCCCGCUCACCAACCCCCCCAUCCUCCUGCUCCUAACCCUCCCCACCCUCCUCCUCACCCACCUAAUCCUCAAAGACUACCACGCCUUCCUGGCCCUCGGCCCCGGCGGCACCCCGAGCACACCCCUAGGCUACCUGCGAAUCUGCAUGCUCCGACUCUUCACAAUCCGCGACCCGUUCCACCCACCCUCCAUCCCCUCCACCCUUCUCCCACAAUCCGGCCUCCUAUCAGCCCACACCCUUUCCCCUCGCCCAGGACCGCGCCCCACCGUCAUAGGAAUCGCUCCCCAGCGACAAAUGUCCCAGAAAAGCGGUCUCAAGAUGUACGAGCUCCUCAGCCGAGAGAUCCAGGACCUGGUAGCCCGCCACCCCGGGGAACUGUACGAGGGAACCUCGUGUUUCGAGAAACAUAGCACCGGCAUAUUCUGCACGGGGUCUUCCUCACCAUCAUCAUCAGCAUCAACAACAUCAACAACAUCAUCAUCAUCAUCAGCAUCAUCAUCAUCACCACCAUCAUCAUCAACAACCCACCCAACAACCCAAGCAAAACCCAUCCCCAUCUCCAUGAACAACAACAACCACACCAACACCGACAUAUCCCCCACAAUCCUCUCGCAACACCAACACCGCCGAACCUGCAACGGCGAAGUCUGCCACGCGCACCCAAGCGACGGCAGCCUGCAUCUAACGCUGCACCCGGCGGACGUGAAGCUGGUGAUUGAGCGGGGGUGGGCGCAGCGGCACCCGCUGACGCGGGAGAGCUGGUGGUGGUGCUACAUGCGGACGGUGCCGACGGGGUUCGUCAUGGUGUAUGCGCCGCGCAACGAGGCGGAGUUGGCUUGUGUGUUGGAGAUUAUCCGCGCCGCGGCGUGGUGGGCCGAGGGCAGUGUUGAGCCAGCUGUUGGUCCUAAAGACGCAUAG